AUGCAUGUAAAAUUGAUUGAAUCAAGAAAAAAUGGAAUGGAUCCAAAUACUGAAAUCAUAAAAAUUACGAAAAAAACGCAACAUAAGAAAUCAGAUAGUAUUCUUAUUUACUAAUUAUUAGUCUCGAAAAAUAUUAAAUAACUUAAUCCUAGUACACUUAUUACAAGGCCUAUGAUUACAGAUAUAAAGGAAGCACAAAAUAAUCAUUAAUAAAAAUUUUGA